UUUUCUUCCUUCCAACUCAGUAUCCCUCUACUGACUGGCAGAGACAGGAGUGGUAGAUGUCCACGCCCACAGACCCUGGCGCGAUGCCCCACCCAGGGCCUUCGCCGGGGCCCGGACCCUCGCCUGGACCCAUUCUUGGACCUAGUCCAGGACCCGGGCCAUCCCCGGGUUCUGUGCACAGUAUGAUGGGGCCGAGCCCUGGACCUCCCAGUGUCUCACACCCUAUGCCGACAAUGGGAUCUGCCGACUUCCCGCAGGAAGGCGUGCACCAAAUGCACAAGCCCAUCGAUGGUCUGCAUGACAAGGGGAUUGUGGAAGAUAUCCAUUGUGGAUCCAUGAAGGGCUCCAGUAUGCGGCCACCUCACCCAGGAAUGGGUCCUCCCCAGAGUCCGAUGGAUCAGCACAGCCAAGGUUACAUGUCGCCACACCCGUCUCCGCUGGGAGCCCCCGAGCACGUCUCCAGCCCUCUGUCGGGGGGCGGCCCGACCCCACCCCAGAUGCCGCCGAGCCAGCCGGGGCCCCUCAUCUCGGGCGAUCCGCAAGCGAUGAGCCAGCCCAGCAGAGGUCCCUCGCCUUUCAGCCCGGUCCAGCUGCAUCAGCUGCGAGCGCAGAUUUUAGCUUACAAAAUGCUGGCCCGGGGCCAGCCCCUCCCCGAAACACUGCAGCUUGCAGUCCAGGGGAAAAGGACGUUGCCCGGCAUGCAGCAGGCCUCGCAGCCCCAGCCACAGACACAGCAGCCGCAGCAGCAGGCCCUUGUUAACUACAACAGACCAUCUGGCCCGGGGCCAGAGCUGAGCGGCCCGAGCACCCCGCAGAAGCUGCCGGUGCCCGCGCCCAGCGGCCGGCCCUCGCCUGCGCCCCCCGCCGCCGCCGCGCAGCCACCCGCGGCCGCCGUGCCCGGGCCCUCCGUGGCGCAGCCAGCCCCGGGGCAGCCCUCGCCCAUCCUGCAGCUGCAGCAGAAGCAGAGCCGCAUCAGCCCCAUCCAGAAACCACAAGGCCUGGACCCGGUGGAGAUCCUGCAGGAGCGCGAGUACAGGCUCCAGGCUCGCAUAGCUCAUAGGAUACAAGAACUGGAAAAUCUGCCUGGCUCUUUGCCACCAGAUUUACGAACCAAAGCAACCGUGGAACUGAAAGCGCUUCGGUUACUCAAUUUCCAGCGUCAGCUGAGACAGGAGGUGGUGGCCUGCAUGCGACGGGAUACCACGCUGGAGACAGCCCUCAACUCCAAAGCCUACAAACGGAGUAAGCGCCAGACGCUGCGGGAGGCCCGCAUGACAGAGAAACUGGAGAAGCAACAGAAGAUCGAGCAGGAGAGGAAGCGUCGGCAGAAGCACCAGGAAUACCUGAACAGCAUUUUGCAGCAUGCAAAAGAUUUUAAGGAGUACCAUCGGUCUGUGGCCGGGAAGAUCCAGAAGCUAUCCAAAGCAGUGGCAACUUGGCAUGCCAACACUGAAAGAGAGCAGAAAAAAGAGACGGAGCGGAUUGAAAAGGAAAGAAUGCGGAGACUGAUGGCUGAAGAUGAAGAAGGCUAUAGAAAACUGAUCGAUCAAAAGAAAGAUAGGCGUUUAGCGUACCUUCUGCAGCAGACCGAUGAGUAUGUGGCCAACCUGACCAACCUGGUGUGGGAGCACAAGCAAGCCCAAGCGGCCAAGGAGAAGAAGAAGAGGAGAAGGAGGAAGAAGAAGGCUGAAGAGAUUGCCGAGGGAGGAGAGUCUGCCCUGGGACCAGAUGGAGAGCCCAUAGAUGAAAGCAGUCAGAUGAGUGACCUGCCCGUCAAAGUGACUCACACAGAAACUGGCAAGGUCCUCUUUGGACCAGAAGCACCCAAAGCAAGUCAGCUGGACGCCUGGUUGGAAAUGAAUCCCGGUUACGAAGUUGCCCCCCGAUCUGACAGUGAAGAGAGCGAUUCUGAUUAUGAGGAGGAGGAUGAAGAAGAAGAGUCCAGUCGGCAGGACAUGGAAGAGAAAAUACUUCUGGAUCCAAACAGCGAAGAGGUUUCUGAAAAGGACGCCAAGCAGAUCAUUGAGACCGCCAAGCAGGAUGUGGACGAUGAGUACAGCAUGCAGUGCAGUGCCAGGGGCUCCCAGUCCUACUACACGGUGGCCCAUGCCAUCUCUGAGCGGGUGGAGAAGCAGUCGGCCCUCCUCAUUAACGGGACCCUGAAGCAUUACCAGCUCCAGGGCCUGGAAUGGAUGGUUUCCCUGUAUAAUAACAAUUUGAACGGGAUCUUAGCAGAUGAAAUGGGGCUAGGGAAGACCAUACAGACCAUUGCACUCAUCACUUAUCUGAUGGAGCACAAAAGACUCAAUGGCCCCUAUCUCAUCAUUGUUCCCCUUUCGACUCUGUCUAACUGGACAUAUGAAUUUGACAAAUGGGCUCCUUCUGUGGUGAAAAUUUCUUACAAGGGUACGCCUGCCAUGCGUCGCUCCCUUGUCCCCCAGCUGCGGAGUGGUAAAUUCAAUGUCCUCCUGACUACUUAUGAGUACAUUAUCAAAGACAAGCACAUUCUUGCAAAGAUUCGGUGGAAAUACAUGAUCGUGGAUGAAGGCCACCGAAUGAAGAAUCACCACUGCAAGCUGACUCAGGUCUUGAACACUCACUAUGUGGCCCCCAGAAGGAUCCUCUUGACUGGGACCCCACUGCAGAAUAAGCUCCCAGAACUCUGGGCCCUCCUUAACUUCCUCCUCCCCACCAUUUUCAAGAGCUGCAGCACAUUUGAACAGUGGUUUAACGCUCCAUUUGCCAUGACUGGAGAAAGGGUGGACUUAAAUGAAGAAGAAACCAUAUUGAUCAUCAGGCGUCUACAUAAGGUGUUGAGACCAUUUUUACUGAGGAGACUGAAGAAAGAAGUUGAGUCCCAGCUGCCAGAAAAAGUUGAAUAUGUGAUCAAGUGUGAUAUGUCCGCGCUGCAGAAAAUUCUCUAUCGCCACAUGCAAGCCAAAGGGAUCCUCCUCACCGAUGGCUCGGAAAAAGAUAAGAAGGGAAAGGGAGGUGCUAAGACUCUCAUGAACACUAUCAUGCAGUUGAGAAAAAUCUGCAACCACCCCUAUAUGUUUCAGCACAUUGAGGAAUCCUUUGCUGAACACCUGGGCUAUUCAAAUGGGGUCAUCAAUGGGGCUGAGCUGUAUCGUGCCUCAGGAAAGUUUGAGCUGCUUGAUCGUAUUCUGCCAAAACUGAGAGCAACUAAUCACCGCGUGCUGCUUUUCUGCCAGAUGACGUCCCUCAUGACCAUCAUGGAGGAUUACUUUGCGUUUCGGAAUUUCCUGUACCUUCGCCUUGAUGGCACCACCAAGUCUGAGGACCGGGCUGCUCUGCUGAAGAAAUUCAACGAGCCCGGGUCCCAGUAUUUCAUCUUCUUGCUGAGCACCAGGGCUGGUGGCCUGGGUUUGAACCUUCAGGCAGCUGAUACCGUGGUCAUCUUUGACAGCGACUGGAACCCUCACCAGGAUCUGCAAGCACAGGACCGAGCUCACCGCAUCGGCCAGCAGAACGAGGUCCGGGUGCUGAGACUGUGCACUGUAAACAGCGUGGAGGAAAAGAUUCUCGCCGCUGCAAAGUACAAGCUGAACGUAGAUCAGAAAGUGAUCCAGGCGGGCAUGUUUGAUCAGAAGUCUUCGAGCCACGAGCGGAGGGCAUUCCUGCAGGCCAUCCUGGAGCACGAAGAGGAAAAUGAGGAAGAAGAUGAAGUGCCGGACGACGAGACUCUGAACCAAAUGAUUGCUCGACGAGAAGAAGAAUUUGAUCUCUUCAUGCGUAUGGACAUGGACCGGCGGAGGGAGGAUGCCCGGAACCCGAAGCGUAAGCCCCGCUUAAUGGAGGAAGAUGAGCUGCCCUCCUGGAUUAUUAAGGAUGACGCCGAAGUAGAACGGCUCACGUGUGAAGAAGAGGAGGAGAAGAUAUUUGGCAGGGGGUCUCGCCAGCGCCGGGAUGUGGACUACAGUGAUGCCCUCACGGAGAAGCAGUGGCUGAGGGUAGCUGAGGAUGGGAAUCUGGAAACAGAAGAUGAGGUUAGGGUAAAGAAAAAACAACAAAAACGAAACAAAACAAAAAAACCCUCAAAGUGUAACGUGGAGAAGGUGCCCGGUAAUUCUCAGUUGGAAAUAGAAGGAAACAGUUCAGGGCGGCAGCUCAGUGAAGUCUUCAUUCAGUUACCUUCAAGGAAAGAAUUGCCAGAAUAUUAUGAAUUAAUUAGGAAGCCGGUGGAUUUCAAAAAAAUAAAGGAAAGAAUUCGUAAUCACAAGUACCGGAGCCUGGGUGACCUGGAGAAGGAUGUCAUGCUUCUCUGUCACAAUGCUCAGACGUUCAACUUGGAGGGAUCCCAGAUCUACGAAGACUCCAUCGUCUUACAGUCCGUGUUUAAGAGUGCUCGGCAGAAAAUCGCCAAGGAGGAGGAGAGCGAGGACGACAGCAAUGAGGAGGAGGAGGAGGAGGAGGAGGAGGAGUCCGAAUCGGAGGCAAAAUCUGUUAAGGUGAAAAUCAAGCUCAAUAAAAAAGACGAGAAAGGCCGGGACAAAGGCAAAGGCAAGAAAAGGCCGAAUCGGGGAAAAGCCAAGCCUGUAGUGAGUGACUUCGACAGCGAUGAGGAGCAGGAUGAAAAUGAACAGUCAGAAGCAAGUGGGACUGACGAUGAGUGAUCAGUAUGGACCCUCCUCCUCCCUCGGUAGAACUGAACUCCUUCCUCCCCUCUCUUUCUACCCAGUGAGUCCAUUUGUCCUGUGGGCCCUGGGUGGUUUCUGUAUCAUCAUCAUCUAUAAACUAGCUUUAGGAUAGUGCCAGACAAACAUAUGAUAUCAUGGUGUAAAAACACACAACACACACAUACACACACACAAAAACAUAUUUGUAACAUAUUGUGACCAAAUGGGCCUCAAAGAUUCAAAGAUUAAAACAAAUGACAAAGCUUUUGAUGGAAAAUAUGUGGGUGGAUAGUAUAUUUCUAUGGGUGGGUCUAAUUUGGUAACGGUUUGAUUGUGCCUGGUUUUACCACCUGUUCAGAUGAGAAGAUUUUUUUUGUCUUUUUGUAGCACUGAUAACCAGGAGAAGCCAUUAAAAGCCACUGGUUAUUUUAUUUUUCAUCAGGCAAUUUUCAAGGUUUUAAUUUGUUCGGUUUUUUUUUUUUUACACUGUGGUACAUAUAAGCAACUUUAAUAGGUGAUAAAUGUACAGUAGUUAGAUUUCACCUGCAUAGACAUUUUUCCAUUUUAUGCUCUAUGAUCUGAAAAAAUGCUUUUUGAACUGUAUAAGAUUUAUGUCUACUGUAAACAUUGCUUAAUUUUUUUUUGCUCUUGAUUUAAAAAAAAGUUUUGUUGAAAAUGCUAUUGAAUAUUGCAAUCUAUAUAGUGUAUUGGAUGGCUUCUUUUGUCCACCUGAUCUCCUAUGUUACCGAUGUGUAUCGUCUCCUCCCUAAAGUGUACUUAAUCUUUGCUUUCUUUGCACAAUGUCUUUGGUUGCAAGUCAUAAGCCUGAGGCAAAUAAAAUUCCAGUAAUUUCCAAGAAUGUGGUGUUGGUGCUUUCCUAAUAAAGAGAUAAUUUAGCUCAACA